UUUCUGUAAACAGAAUUGAAAGGAUCCAAAUAAAGCUUCAGCUCCACAAAAGGAAUGAUUCUCCAUUUCUUUUCCGCUCCUCAAGGUCAAUUAAGUAAAGAUGCAGUUUCUACUUUGGCCAGAAAAACAAAGAUACGGUUCAAGCGUUGUCUCCUUAGGUUAGCUACAAGAAACUGCAAAACAGGCCACUUUAAAUGGAAUAACUCUUUUGACCAAAAAAGAAAUUGGAAUAACUCAAUAACAUCAUCUUUUUCUUUGUCUUCACUUCAUAAAAGCCAGACCUAUUGUGUCGUCUUGUAGUUCAAAGAGAAAAAAUGUGAUUGUUUUGGAAGUUGAAUCUUGUUAAAACAAGCAUAGCUUGAUGUAAAGCACCGGAAACUUGUGCUAGACACUAAAAGAACAAGCAUUUUGACAGGCAAGCUUCUGAAUUUUGGAUUAAAAUACAUAGCCUCCUCCGUCACAGUAGUUCAGUGGAAUGUCUCGCUCUUCACCUAUAAUUUGAGUCUCUUACACCAUGAGCCGGUUACGAAGUGAUCAGUUCUUACCAACUUCCAGCUUGUCCUCGGAAGAAGAUAUGAUGGUCAGGAAGCUGCUGCUCGCCCAUGAUCCAGAUGGCCGACAUCUUGACUCUGAGCUGCUACUUCAAGCAAUAGAGGAUGCCAUGUGUUGUGCCACUUCGUUGGAAAUAGCAUGUGAUUUCAAGAGAGAAGAUAUCAGGCAAACUGGAGUUGUUGGCUCACAAGAACCACUUGGAGUCAUCAUCCACAAAAUUUCAUCUGAGAUGCUUUGCGUGUGCGCCAGUCAAAAAAAUAUGUAUGCAAGGACACUAUAUAUAUUCGAUCUGCUGGGUUAUUAUGCCUGGGAUGCAAAAGUGAUAUUGGUGCUGGCAGCUCUCGGCAUGAGCUAUGCUGAAUUUUGCCUCAUGAUUCAACUCUCGCCCUGUAACCCAUUGGCAGCAUCAGUCGCAAUGCUCAAGCAGCUACAACCCAACUCAAGGGCAUUCAAGCCUCGACUUAAAGCUCUAAGCUCGUUGAUUAUGAUGAUGUUGGAUAUGGCGAAAUACAUCUUUAAGUUUAUGCACCUUUCGAUUUCACAUCUAAACCCAGAUAGAGAGGUGAUCGAGACUAUCAAGUCUACUAUUUGUUUAACAGCAUUUUGGAUCGUCAGAAGCUCCUUGACAAGCUAUUCUCACAUGAACGACUUGAUGACCAUAAAUCCAGGGAAAGUGUGUAUGAGCUCAUCAGCAAUUGCAAUAUGGGAGCUUUCCAGUUUGGCCUGCACAUUGACCAACAUACACAGUCGCCUUAAGAGGCCUGUGGAUGGGUUGAUUCAGCAACUAGACGAAAAGGUGGAACAGAAGCUGGUCAGUCUCUUUCAGGUGACUCAUAGAGACAAUCAAGAGGCGCUUGCCACGUUAUUUUUAUUGAUGGAUAAAUUUCCUCUGAAGGAAAAAUAUUCACAAGCAAAGGUUGGCAUUUUAGAACUUACAGGUAAGCUGGUUAUGUUUCUGAUCUCGAAAUCAGAGUUCCCAUCACCAGAGGAAUGGCUCUUGCUAGUUCACCAAGUAAAUAAUCUCGCUCAGAACAAGACUUCAGAAGGAAACUAUGACAUUGUGUGGGUACCCAUUUCAAGUUCCUGUACAUGGACAGAUUCUGAAGAUAGAAGCUUUGAUUAUUUAUCUAACUGGAUGCCGUGGUAUUCGCUUCGGCGGCCACACUUGCUUAGCCCGGCAGUGGUGAAUUUUAUAAAGGAAUCAUGGAACUAUAAAGAGGAGCCUAUAAUGGUAGUCAUGGACACUGAAGGGGCAAUAACAAAUUUAAAUGCUGUUGAUAUGUUGAGGAUCUGGGGUGUCAAGGCAUAUCCAUUUUCAUCUUCUAGAGAAGAAGAGCUUUGGGAGGCAGAGAAUUGGGGACUACAACUAAUGCUUGAUGGAAUUGAUCAGCUUUUGACCUUUUGGAUCGAGCAAGGUAAAAAUGUCUGCAUUUAUGGGAGCGACGACCAGGGAUGGAUCAAGGAAUUUCAUUCCAAGAUGGAGAUCGUAAGUGAAGCUGUGCAACUUGAGAUUGUUUAUGUGGGUCGGAGGAGCCACCAUGUGCAAAUGAUGUACAUACCGGCCAACAUCCAACGACACCUCUCUCCGACGAAAAUUCGAUUCUUCUGGCUUCGGUUGGAGAGCAUGAGAAAGUCCAAACUCAGACUAGGAAAGACAGUCAAUACUGAUCAAACAUUACAAGAGGUCUCAGCACUGCUUGAUUUUGAUGAGAAUGACGAGGGUUGGGCGAUCUUUGGAAAAGGGUCAUCUGCAGACACAAUGAGACUUCAAGGAAACAGACUAAUGGAGUGCCUGGAUAAGUUUCCAGAAUGGGGCCAGAAUGUGGGGAAGUGGGGACUCUUGAAUGCCAUCAGAAUGGCUCUUGAGCCGGCUGCUCUUGAUGGUCCAUGCAGCCACACAGAUACCAUUCCCUUUGAGGAAGGAUCGGCGGAGAAGGUUCUGUUUUGUGUUAAGUGCAAGCGCCCGAUGAAAAUUUUCCUAGUGUAUGAAUGACAGAGUGCAAAACAUACUGCUCUUAUGUUUGAGGUGAAAUGACCACAUAGUUGAGAUGUCACCAAUCAAUCAUCUGCCUGAGGAGUUGCCUUGCAGUAGUAACUUGUUUUCUAUAUGACUUAUGUUGUAAUUAUGGGUUAAUGGAUCAACCAAAGUGAGCAAAAUGAGAUACGUUUAUUUAAUUCAUGUAUCUCUUGAAUUUGUGAAUCUAGUGAAUUCAUGUAUAUAUUGAAUCGAUGAAUCUAUUGUAUUCA